GCCCGUUGCUCUGUCUAUGACGUCGAAUUAAAAACGUUUUUAUACUAUUAUGACAUCAGAAUAAGCCAGUGCAGUGAGCACUAGUGACCACAAGUCGAGUAUAGUGCACUGAGUGAGCACCGUGACUUUUAGGUACACUCCACACAGACGUUAUUUUAGUAGUUUGCGCGAAAUUUUCCCGCGAAAAUGGCCGAAAACGAGCUUGCUGACAGACUCGCCCGGCAGGCGAAAAUUGCCGACGGCUCAGCGACGGACGAGCCGAAGAAAAUGCGGGAGUACGAAGAUCCGAACCAGAAGUUCGCCCACCCGUGGCCCGAGUUCUCCGACUACUUCUCUCGCGAGCAGUGCAAGAAGUAUGAAGAGCUGUUUCAAGAGAGUGAUGAGGAUAAGGACGGGUUUAUCAGCUAUGAGGAGCUGAAGAGGCUGAUGGAGAAACGCGGAGACCCCAUGACUCACCUGGAGCUCAAGGCCAUCAUCAAGGAGGUGGACGAAGACAAGGACGGCAAGAUCAACAUGAGAGAGUGGUUGUACCUGUGGAGUAAAGUAAUGAAGGGAGAGAUGCCGGAGGGCUCAGGCCUGGCCAAACUGGUGGAGGCCCACAGCAAGUUUGGAGCCUCCAUCAAAGUACAGAAGGCAGCCGGCGUCGGAGGAGCCAAGGGGUUCUUCGAAUCCAAGAUGAACGAAGAUGCAGACAAGGAGAAGUACCAACAGGAGAUCCAGGAGCAGCAGCGGCUGGACUACGAGCGCAAACGGCAGGAGAAGGCGGAGAAGGAAGCCGAGGAACAGCGCAAAGCCGCCUUCAAGGCACGGGCCGGACAGUUCGAGUAGCCAAGUCCUCACCUGUGAUUUUCAGUACUUAUCAAGUCGAACUUCUGUAACCAACCAGUUUGAGCAGCAGUGAUUUU